GUUUUCAGUUAUUUUUAUGAAGUUAGCGUCUGUGAUACUAUGCUCAAGGAGAAAACCUAUUUUUUAUUCAGAUGGAUUUCUCUGAAGGUGUUUGGCCAAUCCUUUAGUCCAGAGUUCGCUUAUCCUAUCGUUGAAAGUGAUGAAGGAUCAUGGGAAUUGAAUCACUCCUUUAUCGCUGGACUAUCAUCCUUUGAGUUGUAUUCUGGAGUUAAUCAAAUUAUUGAGUUCAAAACCUCUCCUCGCGAUUUUACUAGUCUACUUGAAGAACUGAAGCAUUUGUGUGGUGGUCGACAACUAAUGCUAGAUCCGGCUGUACUGGAAGCAUAUUCGCAUGAACUACUGGAGUCGACUAAAGACCAAAUACAAACUUGCCACAGAAGUGAAUUUCAAACUGUUUAUGUUGUGCAACCAGCCGAUUUAAUAUAUCCUCAUCUUGAAAUACAGCAGGGAGAUAACUCUCAAACAGUUGACCAGCUGAAUCUUAUUUGGUUAGCAUCACACAUUGCUUUAGUCGAAAUGAUUUUACGGAUCUAUUUAUUAAAUCUAGUUACACCAACCAAGUUAGUUAACGCAUUAAGUACACUUACUGGAUGUCAAGUGAGUGGAGAGUCAAUAAAAGGACUUCAGGGUGCUGAUGGAGCUUUAUUUUGGUUGGUUACAGUUGCUGCCAGAACCGUUACAGUUCUAGGCAUUCACGACUGUACAGAAUGGUUGGUUGACCAUUUGAUCGGUGAAGAGAAGUCAAACAACACCCAAUCACCAGCAUCGUCUUGCGAUUCAGCAAAUACUAUCAACACAGAUUCUUUGAAAAGUUCAGCUGACAUAUUUCUUCGAGGUCUAGCAAUGGCAAAUCUAGUUGCGUUAACAUUCCAUUUUUAUUGUCCUCAACUGGCUCCAGCUGAAGAUUUCUUAUUUAACUUUCCGUCAACUGGUGAAAUGGAACCAGCAGCUUCACAUCAUAAUGCGCGUACAAUUGCUUCAAUAUGUCGAGAAAAUUCUCAUCUACAUAAUGUUUUAUUUUUGAUGCCUGAUUCAUGCAACGGAAAUAUAAUGCAUUUUAAUCCUUCAGGUUCAACAACACUAAGUACACUGAAUUUGUUAGGGUUUUGUUCACAAGGUUUAGCUAGAUCACCAACACAUCGACGUCUUCAACAUGCAGCCAUGGCUGGUGAACUUUUUGUAUGGUUCACAUCGCGUCCAUCAAAUCGUGAAACAAAUCCACUACGGUUGUCCGAAAUAAAUUACAAGAAAAAUCAGUAUGAAAUGGUUACUCAAAACUUGAAAGAUAUAAACAAAAAGAAAUUCAAUGAAUCAAUGCCUAUAACAAGCGAUACUGAUGAUAAUCAAAUCAAUAUAAUACCGUUAGACCGAGUGAAUACACCAACAAACAGUGACUGUGCUUCAGGAUCUGGAAAAGCAACUUAUCGAUUGGAUAGAAAUGUUUUAGAUUUCCAGAAAGAGCAACAACAGUCCCAUUUUAAUCGGUCAAAAACUAUAAGAUUGAACAGGAAUCAAUCUGAUGUCGAUAAAUUAAACCUUAGACUUAAUGAACUUUCAACUAAACAGUUAAUCAAUUCAGAGACAGGUGGAAUAUUUCUUCCUGAAGGUAGACGUAAUAUAUUGAGAACUGAUGAGAAUCCUAUAGAUCAAACAGAAGACCAACUUCAAUUAUUGACAAAAUGGAAUCCUUUGGAAGCUCUCUUCAGACCUAGUGGAAAAAAAGAACCGGUGGAAGUAUUUAACGAUAUUCCUUCAACUGAAAAUCAUGUAGCUGAAACAGAAUGCACUGAGCAUCAUACUUCAGAAGUAAUGCCACACUAUUCAGUACCUGAUUAUUGGCCACGAAAUGUAACUCAAAGUACUACAAAUAAUUCAAAAGUUACGAAUAUUGAAAAUCCUCAUACUACGGCCACAACAAAAAUUCAGUAUUCUAAUCAGAAUCCUAUCACAAAAGACUUCAAAUGGCCUGAAGGCUAUGAAAUCAUAAAUGACGAAUCAUCUAAACACCGGAGAUCAUUGUCUCACAGUACGAUGACACCUGUUGGCUCAUUUCAGGAUAAACUUCAACCGAAUUCUAAAGAACUGAACUAUGCAACUUUGAAUCAGUCGGACAAAAUGAAUUGUCAGUUAAAGCCACCCAGUACGGGCCACCGCAGUCAUACUACUAACAUACCCAGAUCCUGUCAGUCGGUUUCUAGGAAAAAGCGUAAUUUUCGACAUUAUGAUGUAAACUGCGUUGAUGGUUAUUCUGAUUCUGACAUAAAUUCGGCCUACAACAGGAUACAUAAUGUAAAACAUGCACCAUCCGAUUUUUCAAGCAGUUCAGAAGGAAGCGAAAAUGAUGAUAGCAGUAAUCCUUAUGAAGUUAUUUAUCAAAAUUAUCCGGAUCAUCGGCGAUACCAUUGUCAUCCUAUUUUACUGGCCAGUACAGAACCGAAGAGGAAGUCGGUUCGCAGUAAGACCAGAGAAUCAUUUCGUCCAGGUCGAAGUACACGAAGGCAUCAGAAUAUUUCAGAGAAUAUAAAUCCAUCCUACUUUUAUGCUCCACCUUCCUUUCAGCAUCAAAUUCAGUGCAUGUACGCUUAUGAACCUUCAAAUCAUAACACUCAAGAACAGAUCUAUUCUGAUAUUCACCGUUUUCCUUACACACCAGUGCAGCCAACAUGGAUUCGACCACCAUUUGUUGCGAACACAAUAAAUCCAGGUUCACUAUAUAUGUCGAGUCAUCCUACACAUGUUGGAUCACCUCAGAUUCCAAUAAGGUCACCGCUACAUAGUACUAGUCCACCAGCUUUCCUACAGUCAAACAAUCCGUAUACCUUUCUUGAGUAUAAUUCAAAGGAACAGAACAUAUCAAUACCAGAGAUGCAUAUAACUAAUGUGCACACAACAAAAGAACCAACGUCAAAUGAAUUGAUCGGUCUACAAACUGAAAAAUGUGGGGAUAUGCUAAGGUCAAAAAUUCCCAGCCAAACAGAAUGCAAUUCAUUUCCCGUUGAACAACAAGAAUCCAAGCUGAAUCUAAAUCAGGAAGUGAACUCCUCUUUAAUAAAUAUUCCCCUAGAAAUUAAAGUGCCGGUAUCUUAUUCUCAAGCUGAAUCAUUUUUCAUUCCUUUUGAAUCAAACUCUUCAAACGUGUCGACUACUUUUCAUCCUACGCACAAUUUCAAGUCCAGAUAUUCAGCAAACAAAUCAAGGAGUCACUCUGUAACAAGUCAAAGGCCCAAACAAAGUAUAACUGAACAAAAGCAUACUGGUACUUUGGAUAACGAAAUAGAUGAUUCCAGUGAUGUGAAUUUAGAGCCAGUCAAUUUUAGACCCUCAACCGCACAGCGGGAGAAUCAUAUUUCAUCUAGCCCGAAUAGAAUAACAUCUAGUUCUGACCCUGCAGAAAAGGUUCAAAAUAAUAUUCAUACAGGAAUUUCUCAACAUGUGGACCAAUGCGAACCAAGUAAACUUAGUAAGCAAACGCAAGACAACAGUCGCCCAAGAAAAAACAGUAGUUUACCAAACUAUCUAGAGAAGCGAUCAUUGAAAGCAAGUGAGAAAGAAACACGUGGCUCGCACAGCUCUAGACCAUCUUCAGGGAAAUCACAAAAUGUUUUAGAUAUAAAAGAAGGCUUACUUCAAACAAACGAAAAUCUUGUGAAUACACCAAAAGCGCUUCCUAUUCAUCAAAGAAGAACAGCUAGUGUUUCUCGGACAAUUGGUGUUGUAAAACCUAAUCUUAAUGCCGGUCGUAGAAGACAUACACAAGAUGAACUGUCCUUAUUAGAUGUAAAAUCGCACGUCAAUAAUACUGAAGAUGGGUUGUCAAAUGACACAAAAUUAUUCGUUCAGUUACAGACUAAGUCUAAUCGUCGGGCUAUUGCAAAUGCAUUGAAUUACUGUUGUUUAGCUGGACCAGUAAAUGAAAAUACGAAACGAACAGCACUUGAAGCACUUGGAUGUUCUGAUGGAAAACACUUUAUGAUUCUAUUAAAAAGUCAUUGUCAGUAUAGUGGAUUAUACAAUUAUUCACCUAUUAUUGAGAAAGCUAUUCGUAUCAGUGGAACAGGACCGAGUAAAAUUGAAAAUAAUAUGGUAGAUAAAUACUACAAGUAUGAUAGUGGGUUGAAAAGAUUCGUAGAAAUCAAUUCUACCUCACAUUUGUCUACUGUCGUUGAUGCAGUACUAUUACAUGGACGGACACGUAAUUGUACAAAAUCAUAUGCCGCGCACACUGCAAGUUCAUCGAAAUGUCCUUUACAUGGAAAGUAACUGUAUGUUGAAGUUUGCAAUAAUUCUGUAGCACAUCUAUAUAUCUUUUGGUGCAUAGAUGAAUCAAAGUGGUAUCUGUUAAAAAAUUACAAAUAAAGAAAAAAAUAAUCGAUGUAAAAUAUCCCCUUUCAAGAUUUUUAUCUUGUAACUAAUUUGAUAAAACCGGAAUUUUUCCACAUUUUACUGCUGAUUGAAUCACAACUAAAACAUUUUCUUAUAAACUUAGUUUUCUUUAUCAAUAUAUUAUUGAGUGUCUGGUUUUAGAUAAUGGUUGUUGCAUUUCAGUUGAUAACUACAAUGGUCAUAAAAUAAAACAAAACAGCCCAACCGAUAAACAGUUCUAAAG